UGGUGUUUACUGAUGACGUUUAAGUUGUUCAGAGAUGUGGCUAACGUCAGAUAACGGGAUAAACAUGUUUUAUUGAACGCUAAAUUCAACAAAUAGCUACAGGAUACAAGCAGGCGUCAAGACAGGGCAAAGAUGCUGGAGUCUUAUGUGACACCGCUCCUGAUGAGCUAUGUGAACAAGUACAUAAAGAAUCUGAAGCCUUCUGACCUGCAGCUCUCUCUUUGGGGAGGGGAUGUGGUGCUCAGCAAAUUGGACCUGAAGCUGGAUGUACUGGAACAGGAGUUGAAGCUGCCCUUCACAUUCAUGAGUGGUCACAUCCAUGAGCUACGUAUCCACGUACCCUGGACCAAGCUGGGCUCAGAGCCUGUGGUCAUCACCAUCAACACCAUGGAGUGCAUCCUCAAGCUAAGGGAUGGAGCCCAGGAUGACCACGACAGCGGCUCUAGCUCCACCAGUCGCAGUGUCUCAGACAGCUCCAAGGCUGUGGCCAAGCCGCGUCGCAUUCAGCAGGCUGCCCCAAGCGACCCGGACCUGCCCCCAGGUUACGUGCAAAGUCUGAUCAGACGUGUAGUGAACAAUGUGAACAUUGUGGUGAACAACCUGAUCCUGAAGUACGUGGAAGACGACAUCGUGCUGUCGGUCAACAUUACCUCUGCAGAGUGUUACACUGUGGAUGAUAUGUGGGAGAGGGCCUUCAUGGACAUCACUGCUCCAGAGCUGGUCCUAAGAAAAGUGAUCAACUUUGCUGACUGUACUGUGUGCUUGGACAAGCGGAAUGCUAGUGGCAAGAUCGAGUUUUACCAGGAUCCGCUGUUGUACAAAUGCUCCUUCAGAACGCGUCUCCAUUUUACCUACGACAACAUCAACUCCAAGAUCCCAUCUGUCAUCAAAAUCCAGACCAUGGUUGAGAGCCUGAAGCUGUCUAUUACUGAUCAGCAAUUACCCAUGUUUAUCCGAAUUUUAGAGCUAAUUAUUGCUCUCUACUAUGGAGAAAUUGGAGGACACAAAGAGGGUGAAGGCGAAGAAGGCAUUGGUCAUGUCAGGGAAGCUGGAACAAGUUUACCUGGGGUGGAUGUCGAUAUGGAAAGGCAGGGGUCAAGUCAGUAUUCCAGCCAGGACCUCUACAUGCAGUCUGGGAGUGUGGAAGAUACAGAUCAGGGUUGGGUGUCCUGGGCAUGGUCCUUCGUCCCAACCAUUGUAGGCACAGAGGAAGAAGAGGAGGAAGGCCUCUACCAGCAGCGAGAGACAGGAGGCAUCCCCAACAGCCCACAGCAGCAUACACCCAAAGACCCCAUAGUUUCCAUAGGCUUCUACUGCACCAAAGCUUCUGUUACCUUCAAGCUGACGGAGACCCAGUCAGAAAGCAGCUACUACAGCCCUCAGAAGGUCAAGUCAAGAGAAUUCUUGUGCCUGGAGCAAGAAGGAAUCACUAUUGAGGUGCUCAUGAUGGGGGAGCCCUUCUUUGAUUGUCAGAUUGGCUUUGUGGGCUGCAGGGCACUGUGCCUGAAAGGCAUCAUGGGAGUACGGGAUUUUGAAGAAAACAUGAACCGACGUGAAGAGGAUGCAGUGUUCUUCAGCUGUGGGGACAGCCUAAGGAGUAAAGGAAUGACUUACCUUACCAACUCUCUCUUUGACUACCGAAGUCCAGAGAACAAUGGAGUCAGGGCUGAGUUCAUCCUGGAUGCUGCUAAUCAUAAGGAGACCUACACGGAGAUAGCGGGCAUGCAGCGCUUUGGUGCUUUCUACAUGGAUUAUCUCUACACAAUGGAGAACAGCAGCAGCAAAGGCUCUCAGGAUUUCUCUGUAGUAAGCAUGGAGGAGGUAGUGCCUGUGGUUCAAGAGACGUCUAUCAAACGACUGGUGGUGGGACCCCUAGACAUCAGGCUACACAGCAGCGCCAUCCACCGUAUUCUCAAGAUGGUUACCUGUGCCAUGGACCAUGAGUAUGAACCCUACUGCAAACCACAGCGAGAAGUGAUUGAGGAGAGCAAUGGUCCUGCUACUGCAGAAGAGAUAUCACGCUUGGAAGAAUUCAUCCCAACCAGACUCACUUGUCUCACUCUGCUCCAAGUCUCAGUCACUGUCUCCAUGGCAGAGUUCAACCUCCUUCACACACUAAUGCCUGUCAUCAUGGGACGUAAGGCUGCACCAGGACCAGUCUCUGUGCCAGCGUUUCAGCCGAUGCACUCGCUACCGUCUGUGCAGUUCCAGGUGGAGAGGGUGAAUGUUGAGCACUCAGUACCCAUGUAUGCUCCAGAGCUGGUCACUACUGUCAGCAGCCUCAACCAGCCCUCUGACAACUUGCUACAUCACUGCUAUGCACACCUCUACCUUAAGGAGCAUAAGGUCUUCAGUCCCUACCACAGAGUGUAUUUUUGAACUUCCCCACUUUACUAUACAGGCCACAAGGGCCCAGACACUUCUGCUCCAAGCAAUCUGUCAGAGCUGGACCCACAGCAUGGUCAAUGGUGCCCCACUGACACUCAGUGAAAG